AUGAGUAUCUUCGCAUGUGAAGAACCACUUGCUGUUGGUUCAGCAUACGAGACUUCUGCGUGGAAUGCUACUUGGCCACACCAAAUUUAUGGUAAUGAGACUACAACAAUGUUGCCUAACCAAUCCAAAUUCACCCAUGCGUUGAGGUGUGAAGUGUGUAAAAUUGAUGUCAAUAGCAAAGAUUCAUAUGAAAAGCACAUAGCUGGAAAGAAACACCAGAAGAAUUUACAAAGUGGCGCAAGCAUCCAAGGACAAGCGUUAAUCGGUCCUGUAGUCCAGCAAUCAGCGAUUAAGAAACAGGUGGAACAGUCAAAGGUUUGCACAACUUGCAAUGUUUUGUGCACAAGUCACGACACAUAUAUCAAACAUAUUGCUGGGAAAAAGCACGCAGCUCAGGUUGGCUUGAUGUCUAAUGGUGGCAUUGGUCCAUCUAUUGCCAAAUUCAAGCGUAUUGGAGUUCCUCCGUUUCAAAAAGCUGCUAAGAGACUCAAGGUUGCUCAAUCUGCAUGGUGUGAAACUUGUAAGAUUAAUUGUAACAGCAGGGAUAUGUACAUUACACAUUUAGCCGGAAAAAAACACUUGAAGAACUUGGAAAAACUGUCGAAUCCGAAAAUCGAAGUUGGCACAAGCGCCGCUGCCACUGCGACAAUUACUUUAAUCGGACCACAGGAAAAGCCAGGUACCGAUAAUCCAAAAGCAAGGAAGGCAUCGGAACUUGCUAUCGAGUCAAAGAAACGUAAAAUUGUAGAAGGAGGAACUGCGGUUAAUAAUGUUAAAACAUGUACUUUAUGCAAUGUGGUGUGUAAUAGCGAGACGGUUUUCAAUUUGCACCUUAUUGGCCAGAAACAUGCUGCUAUGGUGAAGAAAGCAGGAUCAAGCACUGGUUGA